UCUCAAGAGAUUUUUGUCAGUUUUUGUACGUCUGAUGAGGUUUUUAUUUUGAAAGGCCCAGCAGGAAACUCAUCCUUUCGAUCUGUCUUGCUUGUCUGGCGCUGGAGUGAAGGUGCAGCCCCCCCUCCAUCACUGCUAUCAGAUCCGCUGCUGCUGCUGAGGUCUCUGAGCUCUCCUCCUCCUCCUCCCAUCUCCUACUUCUUAAUGGGGGGCUGCAUGCCGCGGUGAAGUCACAGUGAUGUCACUUGGGAUGUGAGAGAGUUGGGGGGCAAGGUGUGCUGGGUUUGCGUUCAGUGGUGUCCCCCCCACCUCCACGGCCAGCGGAGCGGCGAAAGAUGGUCAUCGCCACCGGCACCAACUCAAGCUCCGACACGUUCCGUCCUUCACCUCCUGCUCAGAUUUUGGGCUAUGGCCUUGAUCCCAAAAUAAGCCUCUGCCGCCACCAUGCCAAAGGACAGGGAAUAAGAAGAGUUCCGUUUUUCGGGCAGGUAACUUUGCGCCCCGAAGGUAAGCUGGGUGACCAUUGCGCAAAGGUGUCACUACAGUAUGCGCCACGGGGCCGGGACGCACUGGCCGCUGCCAGCAGUUCUUGUACUGUGGACUUCUCUGUGGGGAAUCGCCUCAUCCUAUCCGAUCCCRAGCAGGACUAACGCCACUUUGUUGGAGAGGAAGUGGGAGAGCCUGUUCUCCCGCUCCUAUCUGGGUAUAAACGGGGGCAAAUCGGAGCUGAACUGGGAGAGCGACUAUUUGCAGGGCAUUAAAAGAGUGCGGCGGCUGUACUGCAACGUGGGCAUUGGGUUUCACCUGCAGGUGCUCCCGGAUGGCAGGAUAAGCGGAGUCCACAGCGAGAACCCAUACAGUCUGAUAGAGAUCUCCACCGUGGACCGAGGGGUGAUCAGCCUGUUCGGAGUGAGGAGUCAGCUGUUUGUCGCAAUGAGCAGCAGGGGAAGGUUAUACGGAACGAGGGUCUUCAGGGACGAGUGCAAGUUCAAGGAGACUUUGCUGCCCAACAACUACAACGCCUACGAGUCUUUUGUUUACAAGGGCUUCUACAUCGCCCUCAGCAAGCAUGGCCGCGUAAAGAGAGGCAACAAGGCGAGCCCCGCCAUGACCGUCACACACUUCCUCCCGCGGCUAUGAUGGGAGAAAAUGACAAUUACUGAGUAAUUUGCACAUGUGGAUGUUCUUCCAGGUAAUAGAGAAAUGCAACGUCAUGACAAUAGCACCCAUGGACUGCAAAAGAAACAAAUACUUAUUCUGUUAUACAUAUAUAUAUGCAUAUAUGUGCAUAUUUGGAUAGCUGUCUUUGUAUAUGUGCUGCUUAUUGUUUUUAUAGACGGGAGAGUUGAAGCCUUUGCCUGUCUUUGACCUUGGUGCUUGCUGUAACUGAAUAACACGUUACAUUUCUUGAGUUGGUGGAUGGAGCUAUAUUCUGUGCUUUUAAAGAGUGAAAUGAAUAYUUUUUAUUACCUCACUUUACUAGAUGAAGGGAUGCAUGGACUUCUGCUGAAACGUCUGCUGGGUUGACCAUUUUGUUCGGAAGCCUCUGAAUGCGUCACGGUUCCCCGGUCGAUUAUUGAUGUCCAGUUGGGGGGGAACCUUGACGCGCUACCUUUUCCUGCACGAUUUAAAGGUGCCUUGGUGUUCUCACUCGUGGCCCUUUUAAAACCUCCGUGUAAGAGACACCCGGAGCAGUCAGAAUAGGGCUGACACAGAGGCCCUUGGUGGAGGAGGGGGAGGGGGCGGGGUCAACUAUUUUUGGUUUAUUUUCUUUCCUCUAAUUAGACUGAUUGAGUAAUAAACAAUCUGCGGUUGAGACCAGGGUGGAAAUACUAAUCUGCUGCAGCAUGGAGAAACGCACAAGUAUCGCCUGGGCGGUUAAAGCAAACAAAAGAUAUGUUCCUGCACACACUGUCUCUGAAAGAAAGAGCCCCCACAGUAAAGUGGGUUGCUGCUGUUUAUGAAACGCAAAGCUUUAGCUGCUGUCUACUAAAAUGAUCACAUAAGUGGAAAACAAUGUAAAUAGCUACAAACAGGAACAAAAUAAAUUAAAGCUUUGGGAGCUUUUUAGUACAAAAGAGCUGCACAAUGAACCAGCAAAAUCCUCAAAUGAUUUAAUGAUUCAUCAGUGUUUUUAGUUUUUCUUCAUGUUGAGGUGUUGGUUGAAGGAUGCUCGAUCACUGGUCCUUCUUCUCCUGUCAGCCUAUCUUUUCUGCAGCAGCACUGCAGCAGUUAGGUGUUGGGAACUGGGGGCAAAUUGUUUUAAAUGCAAUUACAGAUGAGUCAGUUUUGUACCUGGAAGGACUAAAACGCAACACAUUUGGUGGACUGGAGGCAAAGAGUAGGAGUUUCUCACUUGGCAUCAAUAUUUCUGUUAAGCUUAAGUUCAAACUUUAGCAAAGUUGAAGAAAAGAAGCAGUUUGAGGUGCUGYGUAGACACGUGUUCACAUAUCUUGUUACAUAUUCCAAAGCUGCUUUUCUUGUCUCAUUCUUUGAAUUCCCAAAAGUCCUUCGGAGUGCAUCUACCAGUGUAGUUUCUGCAGCUGUUACACUUAAAAAAAAAAAAAAACAACAAUGACGAAGGCUUGUUUCACCGUCAGCCUCCAUCCACCCAUGAAUGGAAGCCCCCCGGAAAAACCGAAGUCGGCACAGARUCUUUGUUGUUCAUCAAAACCCCCUGUAGGAAUGUGACUCUGCCAGGAUGACAGGCAGCUUCCAACAUACCUGAACUAUAAAAUGCCCAUCUCUGCCUGUGCGUGUACCCCCACAACCUUCACCCCCACAACUCACCCUUUUGGAUUCCAGCUGUAACCUGCGAGCUUCCUCCUCUUAUUUCAGCCCUUUUUAGUUCAAGGUCAGAGCCAUUGAUCAGGCUUCGAGUCAACCUCUGUGGCCAGGGUGGUCCCCGGUUYGACGGAGGAAUUUAAAAUAUCUUUUUUAGACGCGGGUUUCAAAAUUCAUUUGUGCGGCGCGUAUCUUUAUUACUUAGACCAUGUUGCUUCUAUGAAUUUCAAACCCAACCCGGUAACAAARCAGAGCUGUUUGCUCCUUUAUUUCUCUAAAUCCUGUUGUUGGAAUACGUCUACGGAGACAUCUGCAGAGGUGAUGCAGAUCUGAACCUAACCCUCUGUUCUGACCCAAAACACCCGCCCCAUCACCACAUGCCGAGAGUUUCGACUUGUCUGCUACACACAUCAACUCAUGACGGUGUUAUCCUCACACAUAAAUCAUGUUUGUUUCCGUUGUUGCAAGCACAGAUGGAAAUGCAGCAGAGCCAAGUUAAAAAUAAAUAAAUAAAUGAGUAGUUGCCACUGUAGAUGAAGCUGCAUGUAGACGCACUGUACAUUUCGAGUCAGRUGUUAAGAAAAUAAUCUUCAUUUUCAAUGAUUUACUUGAGGAAGGUGUAGAAUUAAUGUUGUGCAUGCACAGCAAUGAGGACGUCAUCAAGAUGUUGGUUUUUGCACCUUAAUGAGGACAUCUUGAUUCUAAACCCUGUUUUUUUCUUUCCACUGGAGCUCAAAUUGAAACAAGUUAAGGUGAGGAUAAUCUCCUUUAAUGUUUGAAUGUAUAUUAGCAUGCCUGAGUCCGGAGCUUGACUAAGGGGCGUGUGCUUCAUGUGUUAUUUUUAUUUGUUGGACUGAGCCUCCACUCUAUUCCUCUCCRCUGUUUUCAUAUACCUCACCUUCUGCCUUAUAGUUUUGGUUUGCUGAUCACUGUAAAAAUGACGAGAAACAAAGUUUAGCUAUUUGUUUCUGAUAACAGACGAUGCUGAGAAAAGUUUUUUCCUUUUAUUUUUGUACGUAUGUGCUGUGCACAGCAGUCUACUGUAUUCCUGAGAUACUAAAUAAUAAAAGUUUGUUUUGCUUUUUUUAGA